UGUUUAUGCCAUCGAAACAUAAUCUAUCAGCUUCAUGAUCAAUAGCUCUCAUUCUUUCGUUUACAUCAUACAAAAGAAAAGUUCAUUUAAUCUGUCUUUAAUUGAUUUUCUUAACGGCUUUUCUGGUUAGUAAAAACUAGAAAAGUGAGGAAGAGAGAGAGGAAGAUGAGGCGUAGUUCAAGUCCACAAGAUGAUCAAAAAACAAGUUCAAGAAAUAAUGGUCUAAUCGUUCUUUCUUCGGCAACACAAACGCCAUCUAAUGGGCAUGUCCCUCAGAGCCCGGAGGACGAGAAGCCAUUUAAGAAAGUGGUGAAGUACAAGGAAUGCCUGAAGAAUCAUGCAGCCGCCUUCGGCGGUACUGCCACAGAUGGGUGUGGUGAGUUCAUGCCUAGUGGAGAAGACGGUACCAUUGAAGCUCUAAAAUGCUCCGCCUGCAACUGUCAUAGAAAUUUCCAUAAAAAAGAGAUAGAAUGUGAUUGUCCCUUUGAAUGUUAUCAUCACUCUCAAGUUGUUCCAAUGGUCAACAAUGGUGGAAGAGCUCUCAUUCUGAGCCAUCAUCACAAUCACCCUGCUGCAAGUACCUUGAUUUCUUUAGGGGGAGAGACCACUCAUCACCACCAGCUGAUAAUGCCAUACAAAAGUGGGUCGGUCAUUUCAGAAUCUGAUGAAAAAGACGAUGGAGGUGGGGUUGUGGGAAGGCCACUUGAGCAUCCAAAGAUUAGAAAGAGAUUUAGAACAAAGUUCUCUCAAGAACAGAAGGAUAAGAUGUUGAAGUUCGCUGAGAGGGCUGAAUGGAAAAUACAAAAACUAGAGGAAUCUGUUGUUCAACAAUUCUGCCAAGAGCUUGGGAUCAAGAGAAGAGUCCUCAAGGUUUGGAUGCACAAUAACAAGCACCGCCUGGCCCAAAAGAACUCCAUUAAUUAGUUGAAGAAGCAGUCUUUUACUUUUACAUUCCUCUAUAUCAUCAUUCCAAUUAAUUUUCUAGCUUCUUCAUUUAAUAUUUGUUUCUUGUAAGUUUCAAUUCUCUAGGUCCUAUAAAGUAAUGUUAAUGUUUAAUA